CACACUUGUAAUAGUGUGGCUUACUCGAGGAGAAAGGGAGAGCCCGCAUCUUUUCUUCCUCGCAGCGCGUUUCCCCCAGUAUUUCUUAUUUGCACGCGUUGAGCUCGUGUACGAUGGCGUCUUGGACUCCCCAACCUGCAGGAUUGCAGGAAAUCCUGCAGACAAUCCGUGACUCAACCGACACUCAAAACAAAGUACAGCGGGCCAUAACCCAUAAACUCAACAGUUUCACCCGGGUGCCCGACUACAUUGCAUAUCUGGCAUAUAUAUUGUCUGCUAUGCCACAAGAGGAGGACCAGAUCCGAACAAUUGCUGGAUAUCUACUCAAGAAUAAUGCGCGUCUGAUACUCAUCGCAUUGCCCGAGGUGGCAGAGUAUGCCAAGUCAGCGGUGUUGUCAGCUUUCCGUGACUCGUCUGCUCUCAUUCGCACCGCCGCUGGCCAAGACAUCGUCGCAUUUCUUGGUGCUCUCGAGCCUAGGAACUGGCCCGAUUGUCUGGAGCAGCUUCUCGCCAUGUUAGACGAUCCCAAUAGCCAAGAGGCUGCGUUCAGCGUCUUUGAGAAAGCUUGCGAAGAUUUUCCUCGCAAGCUAGACAUCGAGAUCAACGGGACACGUCCAUUAGACUUCAUGAUCCCCAAAUUCCUCAUGCUAUCCGAACAUCCUUCUCCAAAAAUGCGAUCGCACGCUGUAGCCUGUCUCUCGUACUUCGUGCCAGUGAGCUCUCAGUCGCUAUUCGCUCACAUCGAUGCAUUCAUCGCAUGUCUCUUCAAACGAGCCUCUGACGAGGACCCGAGUGUCCGUCGUCAUGUAUGCCAAGCUUUGGUAUUACUCCUAGCCGCCCGCCCGGAGAAACUCAUGCCGGAGAUGGCAAAUGUUGCCGAGUACAUGCUCUAUUCUACCAAGGACAAGAACGAGAGCGUGGCACUGGAGGCGUGUGAGUUUUGGUUGACUUUUGCCGAGGAUCCUGAGCUUGCGCCCUACUUGCGUCCGUUGCUGGGCCGUGUCGCGCCUGUCUUGCUCGACUGCAUGAUAUACGGGGAAGAUGACCUCAUCUGGUUGGAGGGCGACGCGGAGGAUACGAAUGUUCCGGACAAGGAGUCCGACAUCAAACCACGUCAUUAUGGAGGGAAGGCACAUGGUAUGGAGCGGGAGGGACCUCAGAAUGGUGAAGGGGGUACGAAGCGGAGUGCCUAUGCUGAAGACAAUUUGGAUGACGAAGAAGAUGACGAUUACGACUUGGACGACGACGACGAUUUCGCUGACGAGAUGUCUACUGAAUGGAAUCUGCGCAAGUGUGCGGCUGCUGCGCUGGAUGUGCUCGCAGUUCGCUUUGGCGCUGAGCUUCUGAAUGUUCUGCUCUCGCCAUUGAAAGAUAAACUUUGGAGUACCGAUUGGUUGGAGAGGGAGAGUGCUAUUCUUGCUCUAGGUGCCAUGGCAGAAGGUUGCAUCGAUGCUAUCGAAGAACAUCUUAAGGUUCUGGUCCCAUAUCUCAUCAACACGUUAAACGAUCCGAAGCCCCUUGUGCGAUCUAUCACGUGCUGGACUUUGGGCAGGUAUGCGAGCUGGUGCACGCAACCCGUAUCGGAAGAGCAUAAGAACCAGUAUUUCAUCCCGACGAUGGAAGGUCUUCUUCGGAUGGUCCUGGACGACAACAAACGUGUGCAAGAGGCGGGUUGCAGCGCAUUUGCCACUCUCGAAGAAGAUGCUGGCUCUGAGCUGAUUCCUUACCUCGAGCCAGUACUGCGGAAUUUAGUCUUCGCGUUCCAGAAAUAUCAACAUAAAAACAUGCUUAUUUUGUACGACGCUGUUGGGACCCUCGCCGAUUCCGUCGGACGCGCGCUGUCAAAUCCUACCUUCGUCGACAUAUUAAUGCCGCCGCUUACUGCUCGGUGGAACAAGCUACAAGACGAUGAUGACGACUUAAUCCCUCUCCUCGAGUGUCUCGCAUCAGUCACUAUCGCGAUGGGGCCUGGAUUUGCUCCAUAUGCUCCCCUGGUGUUCCAACGCUGCAUAAACAUCGUACAUCAGCAACUUCUUUACUACCAAGCAUACCAACAGAAUCCGGACCUAGACGAGCCCGAAAAAUCGUUCCUGGUCGUGUCAUUGGAUUUGUUGUCUGGACUGGCGCAGGGAUUGGGCAUGGGAUUGGAGUCUUUGAUUUCGCAGAUGCAACCAAGCCUCUUCCAGUUGCUUACCGUAUGCCUCAAGCACCCACAAGCCCCCGUCCGGCAAUCCGCUUACGCUCUUGUUGGUGACCUCGCCAUGGGCUGCUUCACCUUGUUGCGUCCUCACCUUCCAGCGAUCAUGAACGAGCUCAUCCAGCAACUGGAUCCUGAGCCUAAGGUUGAGUUUAUCAGCGCGUGCAAUAAUGCUGCCUGGUCAGUGGGUGAAGUUGCCCUGCGUUACGGGCGAGACGAUGCGGAAUUCCAGCAGUGGGUGAACCCACUUAUAUCCCGCCUCAUUCCUAUCUUGUUGCAUCCCAAAGCCCCACGAAGUCUCCAUGAGAACGCUGCUGUAUCCAUUGGUCGAAUUGGCCUUAUGCACCCGGUCGUUGUGGCACCCCUCUUACCCGAAUUUGCCCAGGCUUGGUGCCAAGCGUUGUACGAGAUCCGAGACAACGAGGAAAAAGAUUCUGCUUUCCGGGGCAUCUGCACACUUGUUCAGGUCAACCCGGCUGGCAUUGCCAAGAGUUUAUUGUGGUUCUGUAAUGCGAUAGUGCGGUGGAACAACCCUUCGCCAGAACUUAACGCGAUGUUCGCGCAGCUCUUGACUGGUCUCAGGAACCAUGAUCCCAACGGAUGGAGAGCCCAGGUCGCCACGUUCCCUCCUACUAUUCAAGAACGCCUCGCUGCACGCUACGGGGUCUAAGUGAAACCUCCAAUUAUGCGUCCCAUAACCAUGUAUGAAAAUUUGGAUACCUUUGACCAGGGUGUCCCUGUUCAUCUUUGUAUAUCGGCAUCUGCCCAUCUUAUCUGUGUGACGCUGUAACCUGCCUUCAUCUUUUCUUCUUACGUACCGGUAGCAGUAGCAUCGUUCAUUUCCCUUGCCUCGUUUCUUUCGCAACGUCAGUUUUUCUGUAGUUACAACUCACCCACAUUUCCUCCUUCCAAUUGGGUUACUCGUUUACGGUUCUGUCGAAGGAAGAAGGAAGGGGGUAGUACCACUUGAUAUCACUGAUACGACCUGGCAUGACCACUCUUUGCUUGUAUAUUGGCCCAUUUUUCUUUACGUAGUAGUACUAGUAGUUAGUUAGCCUUUUCCCGCACACUCAUUGAACUUCAGUAGAUAGGAAGUAGAUACAACAAUAUUGCAGAGUACAAUUUCAUUGGCGCAACUUAUCAUAUCGAUUGAUCACCCCACG